GUAAAGAGAGUAAAAUGAGCAACGUAGGAUGAAUUUAAGGAGCUUUAUUUGCUUUUCCCUUUCUUGAAUCUCAAGGCUACUAACAUUCCCUGAACACUCAAAUACAAUAACAGAGAGAUUUCAACCAUCGCCAUUUUCUGCAACAAUCAACUCAACACGCUCAAUCACUCCAACAUGAGUGCACAUGAUGCAGAAGACACUAAACAGAGCACUGCUGAUAUGACAGCUUUUGUACAAAAUCUUCUUCAACAGAUGCAAAGCAGGUUCCAGACUAUGUCAAACUCCAUCAUUUCAAAGAUCGAUGAGAUGGGCAAUAGGAUAGAGGAAUUGGAGCAGAACAUCAAUGAACUCCGAGCAGAAAUUGGUCUGGAGAGCUCACCUUCUCCUUCAGUCACCGAGAGAGAGAAAUCUCCUUUGCGUGAGUUGAAGCCUGAAACAGAAAAUCCUUAAAAAUGGCAGCAGAAUGGUUCGGCAUAGAUCAGUGUUGAUGCUUUUGGCAUGGUUCAUUUCAAACUUCACGGGUUGAUGAGCUGUUUCCAUGCAUUACACAUCUUUUUUAUUCGGUUCAAAUAGUUAUGAACAUCUCUCAUUUUCGCAUUCCUGUAGAAUGUACUGUAUUUUAUCUUUUUAUCUUUGAGUGUACUGAAUUUUAUCUUUCA